ACUGAGUAGCGCGAGUGAGAGGGCAGCGCCGUGGAAGCGAGGCGCAGAUAACGUGCCAGUAGACACGAAGAACCAAGAAAUUCGAAACGGGAGACGAUUCAUCAGAUGAAAAAUAUGUCACGUGGAGGAUUGUGGAAAAGCGAAACAGGUAUUGGUUAGGUGGCCAUGGUGCGACGGGUCCGGCUGGCUGUCCUGCUGGGUCUGGUGGCCAUUGCGGCGGCGCAGGAUGCAGCCCCAGCAGAAGGCGGCGGCGGUGGAGAGGAUGGAGGCGGCGAGGGUCUGCCGACUAGGCCUCCUCUCACCGGUAAUCCUCAGAUUGACUAUAAAUUUGACCCUAAUCUGCCUCACGAGCUCAUUGGGUACGACCUGAGUGAUUAUCCCUUCUACAACAAGCUCCCUAAGGACCUCCUCGACCCAAAGUUUAAUUUCACCUGCGACGGAAGGCACGAUGGGUUCUACGCCUCCAUCCCUCACAAGUGUCAGGUGUACCACAAUUGCCUCUUCGGUCAGCGUUACGACUUCUUGUGCGCUAACUACACUGUGUUCGACCAGAAGAAUUUCAUCUGCCACUACGUCAGCGAGGUGGACUGCAAGGGAUCGGAGAAGCACUACGACCGGAACGACGAAUUGUACAAAACCACCACGACCUCCACCACCACGCAUGCGCCGCCACAGAUCAUCUACGUGAACCGUCCCCGCCCACUCAGAGGGCCGGGUAGGAUCCGCCCCAAGUCUCCGCGACGCCCUUCCUUCGGCGGCGCUGGUGGUACAGGUAGCCGCAAGCGGCGCCCAGGAAAGCGUAGGCCUGGAGGCCGCCGUACGACUACCACUACCCCUCCCCCUGACUAUUACGAUUAUUACGAUGGCUAUGACUAUGAUUACUACGACUACUACGAUGAAUACGAAAAUGAGGAAUUCACCACCACCACCACCACUACCACGGCAAAGCCACGUCGUCGGGGUAACAGACCGAGGGGCGGCAACAGGCAGAGACAAGGCGGCCCGGGGGGACGACAAGAAGGCGCAGAGGAGCGCGCAGGAACUGGAGGAGCCAGGCGAGGAGAUGGAGGAGGGCGGGGUGGUGGCGGAGGGACGGCUGGAAGGGAUCGGCAGCGGCCAAGGGACAGCCCAUCGGACACAGCGGGGGAACCCUCUGACUCCCGCUUCUCCCGCCUACAAGCAGGAGGUGCACGAGACCAGGAAGUGGCGGACGGCGGCGGCCAGGAUCCCCAGUCCGAUGCGCCUACAGCGUCCCGCAGACGGCGGCCAAACCGUCCUCGUCCCAAGAUAAACUUUGGCAGCAGCAAGCAGACCACCACCACCACCACUACAACUACUACCGAGGUCCCAUCGGACUACUAUUAUGAUGACUACUAUGACUACUACCAGGACACUCCAGAUGACACCACCACCACUACCACCACCACCUCAACCACGGAGGCCCCCUCCCGCCGCAGCCGCCCGUCCCGCACACGAGUUCGCGGAGGCAGCGAUGCCACCGCCACCGAACAAGACGCACCCACAGAAGCUUCCCCUGCUACUGGAGCACGGGACAAUUUGAGGGUGAGUGUCAGAAGGACGCCAGUCACCAGCGACCGACAAACGGUGGCGAAAGAGGAAGCGGCCCCGGCGCCGGCGCAGCGAACUCGGCCGCGGUUCCCUUCCCGUAGGGAAGGCACCACUAGAGAUGAACCUCAAAUAGUGGAGGAAGAGGCGGCUGUGGUAAAUGAGGGGGUGGAAGGAGAAGUAUUGGCGCCAGUGGAAGCUGUGGAGCCAGUGGACGCUGUAGACGCUGUGGAGCCAGUGGACGCUGUGGAACCAGUGGACGAGCAGCCGACCGGAAGAAGGAGAGUGAUCAGCAGACGUAGGCCAGCCCGCACUGGCCCCAACCCACCACAACAGGCAGACCCAGAAUACUACUAUGACUACUAAGCCUGAUAUUUAUUGUAUACAGUCGCUGCACUAUCUUUGUUUUGUAUAUUAGUUACAUUGUUUAUACUCGACCUUCUUAUAAUAAACACAAAAACCUCGA